AAAAAAAUGCAGCUAUUUAAUAAUUUAUUAAACUUUAACAAUUAUAUUUUAUUUGUUUUUCAGAUCCAAACUAAAAAGGAAUUCAGCAAAAGGAAAAGAUUUUUCCUGACUCAACCAUUUCAUCAUUUCUACAGUCACUGUGUGAUCAAGAUACCGUCUUCAGCUUGUGACUAAAAUGUAGCUGUUCCUGCUAUUCAUUCUGGUUUUAUAGUUUUGUACCUCAAGAUCCUGCAGUCAUCAAACCUGCCCAUUAAUUGUACUACCGCCCCACCCCCCUUAAAGAGACAAAAACACAAAUAACAUUGUAGUAAAUUGAUUUGGCCGCAGCUUUAUUAAACCUUAUAAAAUACAAUUCUUUUUUAAAUUAUAAACAUCAUUUUAUAACAACAUUAACUUUAAAUAUAACUUUUGUGUAACAUCCCAUUUACAAUUUACCCUUUUAAGUCUGCAAAGCAGUAACCAACACAGCACCCUAGGAACCCCAUGCCCUAAGUGCUUACUUCUGCAUUAGGGCUCCAUUUGAUGCUCAAAACUGUUGUAAUUUCAGCAUCAAAGAAACAUUUAAAAGGAUUAGGUGCUCACUGGACUCUAAUUCACCUCUCAAGUCUACAUUUCAUGAAGGAUGUCCUCUGUGCUCCAUGUGACAGGAUCCCUAGGAGUCAUAUACAUAACUUUACUUCUAAACAUAACUUUACUCCUGAACAUAACUUUACUCCUGGUUAGUGGAGUUCAGUGCACAGCAGUAGUUGUAGGUUGGCUACACAGAGACGUUCUCCUGCCGUGUAUUGUAACCUACAGGGAUGAAUUUGACUAUAAUGAGCUUGUGAUUAACUGGCAGCGCACAGAAGAUGACACUGUGGUUCACAGCUUCCAUUACAAUGCCAGUCAGUCACAGUAUGAAGAUAAACGCUACCGAGGCCGGACACAGAUAUUUUAUGAUCAGCUUCCUGAGGGCAACGCCUCUCUGUUACUGAGGGACCUCUCUAAUGCAGAUACUGGGAAUUAUACCUGCUAUACUAUUAUUAAGGAGAGAACAGGAUAUGUCACUAAAUAUGUUGAACUGUUGGUAGAAGAUAAACAACAAAAGCCUGAAGAUAUCAAUUUACCAGAUGAAGCACAAAUAAGUGGUGCAGACAAACGUCACAGGAUUGUAGCUGCCCUGCCACUAGUUCCUAUCUCACUAAUAAUUCUAGCGAUUAUCCUAGGAAGGCGUCUGACAGUCUGUAAGGGGAGAACAGUUAAAGGUGAACCUCUCCUGCCUGAAGAAGAUGAUUUACCAGAGGACAUUAAAUCAUAUAAAACACAAAUUGUAAAGGAAUUUAGCCCACAGGAUGACCACCUUGUUGCAAGACAACUGUGUAUUGCGAAGAGAAAUAAGUUUCAUACAAGUGAAAAAGAACCAAAAGACUGUUUUGUUGAACAUAAUAUAAUAAACUCAGAUGUUCUUUUCACACCCUGUAAGAAGAUACUAAAAUCAGACAGGAUGCUUCUGGUGGGAAAUGAUGGGGCGGGAAAGACUUGUCUGUGCAAAUGGCUUCAAAAGAAAUGGGCGAGUGGAGCAAAACUCUUAUAUAAAUGUGUUUUGUAUUUAUCCUUUAAGAAGUGCAACAAGAAAGACAUUAGUUUGAAGGAUCUGUUAGAUAAGAAGUGUAAGGAAGCUUUUGCAAUUCUACAGAAUCACCCUAAAGAUGUUUUGCUUAUACUGGAUGGUGCUGAUGGUCUGUACUGUGAUAAGGAUGAGACAUCAGACUCAGCUGAUGACAUCAAUACGUCAUUUAAUAUAAAAUCACUGGCAACAAAAAUUAUCAACAAACAUCUUCUCCCUGACACAGAUGUGCUGAUUGUUUCCUGUGUGGAUUCAAUGAGUAAAUUACCAACACACUGUUCAUUGUCAUUUAUCAUACAAGACUUUAGUGAUGAAGAGUUUGUAAGAUAUAAUACAAUUCAAAGAAAUGCUAAAAUAAUAAUAGAUAUGAAAAAGCUAGAAGAUACUAACUUACCAUAUUUCACCAAAAUACCCCUUUAUAGUAAAAUAGGGUUGCAUUUUGUAGAAGAUUCUUUCAAUAAAAUGGAUCCAAGUAAAUUCUACCCUGCUAAAGUAAUAAUAUAUAUAUUACAACAAUGUUUAAAGGAGAUAAAGGACAAAGGACUUAAUGAAGCUCAAUUCAGGCAAAUGUCAAAGGUUUCAUAUGAAAAUCUUAUUAGCAGAGAGAAAAACAAAAUGGGUGAAUGGGAAAAUGUUUUAAAGAUUAUUUGGGAUGAACAUUUGUCAAAAUAUGAUGAGUGCAAAAAAUGUAUCAACUAUAAGCAUCAAUUCUUAUGGGAUAUGUUAGCUGCCACAUACUGUGUCUGGGAAAUCCAUUCAGGAGAGGAUUUAAAAGAGUGCCUGGACACCUGGAUAUUUGGGUAUCAUCUCUAUGGAAAUAAAACCAACAAACUCUUAAAGCCUCUUGAGGAUAAUCACCAUGCAAGGCUCCAUAACUUCACCAGGUUCUUCAUGAGACUUUUGCAUUAUCAGGAUUAUAACAGUCUUAUCUGUAAUCAUAAGAACAUUAACAACAACAUUAUAGAAAGUCUUGUGAACUGGUUCAUAUCUGUGAUUAAUCGGGAACAGUCCAAAUGUAAUUUACUGAAACUCUUCCACUGUUUAUUUGAACUGCACGACGAGCGAGUUACAAAUAAAGUAUCACCUCUUUUCAAGGACAUUAACUUGUACAACACACCACUGAAUGCCUUAGAUAUUCAAGCUCUACAGUACAGCUUGGUGAAGUCCAUACUGGAGAAGGUGGACCUACGGCUGUGUGGGCUGACAGAUCAAAGUUUUAAGCAAUUGAAAAAUAUAAUCAAGAGAACCAAAGAGGUCUUGAUAAGCUCAAACUAUCUGACAGAAGUGUCUGGCUUAGUACUGGGGGAGAUCCUGAGGGACAAGGAAUGUGUCACUGAGCUGUUAUCGUUGGGAGCCAAUAAACUUGGACCUAAGGGAGCACAAGAGUUGUGGAGAGCUCUAGAACAUAACACAAGUCUGAAGACUCUUUAUCUGUGUGACAAUGAUAUAGGAGAUGCUGGCACUGAAGGGUUAACUGAGAGCCUUAUGAAAAACCAGACACUGGAGGAACUGCAAUUAUGUGGAAAUUCCUUUGGCAAAGCUGGGAAUAAAAACAUCAAGAUGCUCAAGCACAUUAAGAAAGACUUGAAGGUCAUGUUGAGUAUUACGGAGGAUCAAGAACUGUUCAUCUAUGUUGAGCAAAAGGUCCAACAUUUAAACCAGUCCUUGGAGGAAUAUGAUGAGGAGUGGCUUACAAAGACUCUGACUACUAUUCAGAGUGACCUCAGAAAUAACAUGGAAAAUAGUAAAAUACCUACAGACAGGGUGGACAAGCUCCAUAAAUUGGUCAACCAAAUUAAGAGAAAAUUGGAGGAAGAUUAUAAGAAGACGUCUUGCAGGAAAAGUGGUAUAUUUAAAACAUGCAAUAACCUUUUCAUUACGUGAGGUCCAACCACUGUUUUAUGUUAUCUAUAAC